AUGGACAAAUCCUCCGAUGUCAUUAUCGCUGGUGCUGGGCCGGUAGGUCUCUUCCUGGCUAGCGAACUGGCGGCAGCAGGCGUCUCGGUACUUGUCCUGGAACGAGAUGCGCAGUUAGAUUCGCCCUGGAAAAAGGGAGCGCUGGGUCGCCGAGGCCUUCAUCGUCGUGCUGUCGAGGCAUUGUAUCGCCGCGGGUUGCUCGACAAGGUCUUCGACGCUACCCGCCCAGUCAUCUUCGAGAAGACGGAAGGUUUCCAGUUUGGUGGUCAUUUUGCCGGUAUUAUGCUUAAUGCCAACGAUAUCGAUUUCUCACGCUUCGAAUACCAGUUACAAGGCCCUACGUUUCAGGGAGGAGCCACUACUCUUGACCAAAUGCAGACGGUGUUGUUGGAACGCGCACAAGCACUGGGCGUUCAAAUCCUCACAGGCAUGCAGGUCUCCCAGGUGAAAGAUGAAGGCGAGAGUGUCAAAGUAUGGGCUGGAGAUCAGUGUUUUGAGGCUAAAUGGCUUGUGGGAUGCGACGGCGGUCGCAGCGCCGUUCGAAGGGCAGCCAAUUUCACAUUUGAAGGGACAGAGCCCGAGUUCACUGGCUACGUGGUCCAAUGCGAGCUGGAAAAUCUAGAGCUAUUGGCAAAGGGAUUCUGCCAUACCGACAACGGAAUGUAUAUAAACGCUGGAGCGGGACAUUUCUACGCGGUGGAUUUUGAUACCACCUUCGACCGCUCGCAGCCCAUUACACGCGAACACUUUCAAACCGUGAUCCGACGAGUAACAGGAUUGGAUAUCAGUGUCAAAUCGCUGGAUUUAGCUACCACUUUCACCGACCGCGCGAAAAUAGUCACGGAGUACCGCAAGGGACGGAUACUCCUCGCCGGCGACAGCGCCCACAUCCACUCCCCAUUAGGUGCGCAGGGGAUGAACGCCGGAAUGGGCGAUGCAAUCAAUCUCGGGUGGAAGCUCGCGGCCACCAUCAAGGGCCAUGCAUCUCCUAGUUUACUCGAUACGUACCACGCCGAACGGUAUCCAGACGGGCAGUGGGUUCUCGAGUGGACUCGCAGCCAGGUAGCCACACUGCGUCCAGACCCUUAUGGAAAAGCCAUAAGUAAAAUUAUCCGUUCUAUGAUCAGUACGACCGAUGGAGCCACUUAUUUCGCCAAGCAUAUCUGGGGGAUUUCGCGGCGCUACGACCUAGGCGACGCCCACUCUCUCGUGGGCUGUAGCGCUCCCGAUUUUGAAUUUGACGAUGGACAGCGGCUAGGGCCCAAGCUGGAGAAGGGGAACUUCCUUGUUGUUGAUUUCUCAGGUAGUGAAUCUGUUGCACAGUUGGUGAAGUCUUGGGAACCGGUGGUUAACUAUUCAGGAUCCAAUGCAAAGGAGACCUUUGGAUUCAAGGCUUUGCUGGUUCGACCGGAUGGCAUCGUUGCGUGGCUGUCGACGGAUGAGGUGGAUGCGGACGCAUUGAAAAAGGCGUUGUCUCGCUGGGUGAAUCUCCCUGAAGCUUGA